UCGUUCGGAAUGGUGUGUUGGACAAUGGGAUUCAUUGCACCGUUGACACUGUACAUAGGAUUGUGUUCGUAUAUAAUUGCGCAUGCGAUGGAUUUUAAAACGAUUGUUGUUCGGCUGGACGACCAAAUAACACUCAAUCGUCACACAAGUAAAAAGAAGAAAAAACCCAGCGCCGAUAUCAAUUUGAUGUUGACGAAUAUUUUAGUUGAAGCGUUUGGAACACAUUUGGAUUUGUUUAAAUUGCUGGAAAAUACACGAAAAACGGUGUCCGGUUAUUUAUACUUUCAAUUUUUAUUCACGCUAAAUUACAUUGCGUACGUUAUAUUUGGAUUGGAUGGCGUGGCACACGAAUUGAAUUUCAACGGAUUUACUGUUUAUUUUAUUCUAUUCAUAUCGAUUAGUGUGAAUUUUAUAUUAUGCUAUUAUGCUGACAAUUUAACGUCACAUGCAUGCGGAAUCGCCGAUGAAUUAUACAAUUCAUUGUGGUUUGAAAUGCCAAUUCAACAACAAAAAUUACUACUCGUACCAAUUUGUCGGGCACAGAAAUUGUUUCGAUUGACCGGUUUUGGGAUUUUUACAUAUUCGCAGCAAAAUUUCGCAUGGAUUUUACUUCGAUCACAAUUUACAAGACUGAUCAUGUUCAUAAUGACGGGCAAUAAAUCGCCCGCUCUUAUGCUUGUUAAAGAUAUCACUAAUGUUAAUCUUUGA